AUCCUACCUUCAAGUAUUACGACAUCAAAACCGAAACCCAUGGGUUGUUGUCGCGAUUCAAUUAUGACGACGACCAUAGGAGCAAUCCCUACGUGAAGAAAGGUAGUCACUACGUGCGGGCUCACACGUCGUCCAGUGCAGUCAAUCUUACGUGGUUUCCUAACCUGAGGGUGUGGAGAGAAGGUCAAAAGAUCCACAUGUCCACCACGUUCCACGAGAGAAUGCCACUCAAUACCCACUACACGCCCCUGGUGUCCAAAAAAAUCCUGGACCGAUUGGGAUUGGCGGGAGACAAGUUCCUGAAAGCCACAUUUGAGAAGACGUCUACUUCUCAUAGCCUCAAAGAUGCGGAUAUGUACAUCAUGAACAUCGCGAAAUGGGACACAGUCAGGGAUUCUCAUCAACCCAUCACGAACAUCCUCAUCACCCGAUCUGUGGAAGGGAACGACAUUCACUGGGGACAAGAAGAUUCGUCAACCAGCGGACUGUACGUCUACUCGGAUCUGGUGAACUAUUCCUUUGUGGGAAAUACCAACGCACCGCUCUUGGGGGUGGUUCCGAUGUUGGGACACGAGGACAACAGACGUCAAUCGUACGAAUUCAAAAAUCCGAUGUACAUUCCGAUACGUUUGUCGUCGUUCAACGAAGUGUCCAUCUACGUGCGUGACCGACAUUCUGAAACGGUCUUUGACGACAGUGACAAGAGUUUGGUCGUGGCUACCUUUCAUCUUCGUAAACGACAAGGAGCAUAAAAAGGAGAGACCCGACUCGGAAACCAUUCAGUCAUGGGUGGAUUCGGAGGCAUGAUGCGCGGUGUGCGCAACAAAGUGGUUCAAGCUGCUCAAGCUACCGUAGAACAGGCCAAACAAUCGGCAAGCGAUGUGGCAGGACAGGUAGCUCAAGACGUUCUGGACGAGAUUCCGCAACGUCCCCCUGCUCGACGACGCCAACGACCCUACUCUGGAGUCACUCCCUCCGUUUCCCAUAAAAGGAAGUCCGCUCGCUCCACCUCUUCCCAGUCAGGUCCAGGUAAGACCAAGAGAAGACGACGCAAAAGACCMCCUCUACGCGACGUGUUUGACGAACCAUGAGCAAACCUACUCCGAUUGCCGUGAAAAAAAGUCAAGUGGCCGAUUUGUGGAGUUCUCUCCCCACGGAAACCUCCAUCGACGAUGGAUACUGGCAAAAGUACUAUCCGUCGCAAGCCACGUUCCUUCCGACACAGUUCUUCAUUCCCGCCAGCACUAACUUUAUCGAUAUGGGACAGUGCUAUCUGGAACUGGGUCUGAAGCUAUUGCAAGCAGAUGGUACGAGUAUUCCAGACAGUAAAUUGGAUGUGGGGAUCAUCAACAACGUGGGACACUCGGUCGUCAAGAGAUUCGACGUGAAAUUGAACAAUACGUCUACAGGUGAACCUACCGACCUGUACCACAUGAAAGCUUACGUGCAAAAUCUGUUGAAUUUUACACCUGAACAAAAAGAGAGCUUCUUGGCCAGCGAAGGAUGGUACACCGACGACCCUGGGGAUGCCAAGAUGAACACCAUCAAGACUGCUUCUGUCAACGACACUCCCCUACCUGCGAACAACGCAGCCUACAACGCAGGGUUCCUCAAACGCACCGAUCUGUUCUACACGAAAAUGGGGUUAUCAGAUCAAGCCAGUAGAGAAGCCACCUUUUUGGUCCAACCCGUCGUGGACAUCUUUCAAUCUGGACGUUUCUUGAUUCCAGGAGUGARYMURGACAUYCAGAUCGACUACAAUGACAAUGCCUUGGUGGUGAUGGCAGCUUCGGGUUCUACCUACAAGUUUCAAAUCACCAAAGCUGUAUUCCUGGUCCGUCACGUCAAGUGUUCCUAUGCCACGACCUUGGAARUGSAGAAAAAUCUAGGUGAAAAAAAGCUGACDGCCAUCUAUCCCAUCCGUACCACCAAACCCAUCCGUCACACUCUGGAAAGUGGUCAACAAUCUUUCACGUUCAACGACAUUUUCCAGCAAGCCGUCCCCGACAUUGUGACCAUGGGUAUGGUGAAAUCGACCCAAUUCAAUGGAGCCUACAACAAAACCCCCUAUCAGUUUGUGUUGGACAGUUUGAAGAGUGUGCGUUGGCUGGUGAAUGGCAUGGAACGYCCCAUUGCUCGUCUGGAAAUCUUGUCCCCCGACAAGUUGGAAGCRUACCACACGUUGUUUGAAUCGRGUGGAAAUUUGCAYCGUGGAUUUACACCAGGUAUAAAAAGARAAGACUACARCAAUGGGUUUGCCUUGAUGCGGUUCAAYUUCACSCCRGAUGGAAAAGAUGCCAAGAAUUACACYUACAAGAGAAACAGRGGYACUCUAGACUUGCAUUUGGAAUUCUCARCCAAUCUYGGAUCCAAUCUGACGUUGUUGCUGUUGCCGGAAUUCGAGAAUGAAUUGUACAUUGACCCCAACAAAGUGGUGUCCAUGAAAAACAAUUACUAA